AUGAAAAUAAAAAAAAAAGAUUCUUCCUUAUCUUUAACUCCCAAAGUUAAUAUUUUUUAUAAACUAUUUCUUGAAAUUUAUUUAUUUCUAAUUCUUAUAUGUUUAAUUAUUACAUUUAUUUUUAUACAAAUAAAACAUCCUUUAGCUAUGGGAUUAAUUUUACUAAUUCAAACCUAUUUAAUUUCUAUAACUAUAGGAAUUUUUACUCAAACAUUUUGAUUUUCUUAUAUUUUAUUUUUAAUUUUUAUAGGAGGAAUACUAGUUUUAUUUAUUUAUGUGACUUCCCUAUCUUCUAAUGAAAUAUUUUCUUUUUCAAUUAAAUUAAGAAUUUUAUUUUGCUUUUAUUUUAUAAUAUCAUGUAUUCUAUAUUAUUUAUUUGAUAAAACUUAUAUUGAAACAUUUAUUUUAAAUAAUGAAAUAAACUCAUUAAUAAAAUUUUCUUUUAUAUAUGAAGAUUUAAUUUCUCUUAAUAAAAUAUAUAAUUUUCCUACUAAUAUAAUUACCAUUUUAUUAAUUAAUUAUUUAUUUUUAACAUUAUUAAUAACAGUAAAAAUUACAAAAAAAAAUUAUGGACCAUUACGCCCUAUAAAUUAAAAUUAAUGAAUAAACCUUUACGAAAAUCCCACCCUUUAUUAAAAAUUAUAAAUAAUUCAUUAAUUGAUUUACCUACUCCAUUAAAUAUUUCAGCUUGAUGAAAUUUUGGUUCUUUAUUAGGUUUAUGUUUAAUCAUUCAAAUUUUAACUGGAUUAUUUUUAGCAAUACAUUAUACAGCAGAUAUUGAAACAGCUUUUAAUAGUGUAAAUCACAUUUAUCGAGACGUAAAUAAUGGUUGAUUCUUACGAAUUUGUCAUGCUAAUGGAGCAUCUUUUUUUUUUGCUUGUUUAUUUAUUCAUGUAGGACGAGGAGUUUAUUAUAAUUCUUUUUUAUUUAUUCCUACAUGAAUAAUUGGAGUAAUUAUUUUAUUUAUAACAAUAGCAACAGGAUUUUUAGGUUAUGUUUUACCAUGAGGACAAAUAUCUUUUUGAGGAGCAACAGUUAUUACUAACUUAUUAUCAGCAGUACCUUAUUUAGGAAAUGAUUUAGUACAAUGAAUUUGAGGAGGAUUUGCAGUUGAUAAUGCAACAUUAACACGAUUUUUUACUUUUCAUUUUAUUUUACCUUUUAUUAUUUUAGCAUUAACUAUAAUUCACUUAUUAUUUCUACAUCAAACAGGAUCAAAUAAUCCUUUAGGAUUAAAUAGAAAUAUUGAUAAAAUUCCUUUUCACCCCUAUUUUAUUUAUAAAGACUUAAUUGGAUUUAUUAUUUUUAUUUGAAUUUUAAUUACUUUUAUUUGAAAAUUUAAUUAUUUAUUAAUAGACCCAGAAAAUUUUAUCCCUGCCAAUCCAUUAAUUACUCCUGUUCAUAUUCAACCUGAAUGAUAUUUUUUAUUUGCAUAUGCAAUUCUUCGAUCUAUUCCUAAUAAAUUAGGAGGAGUAAUUGCAUUAAUUUUAUCUAUUGCUAUUUUAAUAAUUCUUCCUUUUACACAUAUAAGUAAAUUUCGAGGACUUCAAUUUUAUCCUUUAAAUCAAAUUUUAUUUUGAAAUAUAGUAAUUAUUUGUACUUUAUUAACUUGAAUUGGAGCCCGACCUGUAGAAGAUCCUUAUGUAUUAACAGGACAAAUUUUAACAAUUCUUUAUUUUUUUUAUUUUAUUAUUAAUCCUUUAUUAACAAAAUAUUGAGAUAAACUUUUAAAUUAA